UGUUCCUGUAAUUUUGCAGAUCACUCUUCCACUGCCUCACAACCUCCAUCGCCACCGCCGGUGAGCUCCCAUGGCGCCGACACCGACCGACAAGUCCGCCACCGUAUUCGUCGCCGGCCACCGAGGCUUGGUCGGUUCCGCGGUCGUCCGCAAGCUCAGAUCCCUCGGUUACGAUAAUCUCAUCCUCCGCACUCACGCUGAGCUUGACCUAACAUCUCAAUCCUCGGUCGACGAUUUCUUCGCCGCUCAUAAACCCCAAUAUGUCAUCCUCGCCGCCGCCAAAGUCGGCGGGAUCCACGCCAACAACACUUACCCGGCUGAUUUCAUCACGAUCAACCUUCAGAUACAGACCAAUGUCAUCUCCUCCGCCUUCAAACACAGCUCCAAAAAGCUCGUCUUCCUCGGAUCCUCCUGCAUUUAUCCAAAAUUCGCCCCUCAACCUAUCCCCGAAUCUGCUCUAUUGACCGCUCCUCUCGAGCCGACGAACGAAUGGUACGCCAUCGCGAAGAUCUCCGGUAUCAAGAUGUGCCAGGCGUUCCGAAUUCAGCACAGUUUCGACGCGAUCUCGGCCAUGCCUACGAACUUGUACGGCCCCAACGACAACUUCCAUCCCGAGAAUUCCCACGUUUUACCGGCUUUGCUCCGCAGGUUUCACGAAGCGAAAAUCAACAAAUUGGAUGAAGUUGUGGUGUGGGGUAGCGGGAAGCCAUUGCGUGAAUUCUUACACGUCGAUGAUCUGGCGGAUGCAAUUGUGUUUUUGAUGGAGAAUUACAGUGAUUUCGAGCACGUCAAUGUUGGGAGCGGAAAGGAGGUCACGAUUAAGGAAUUGGCUGAAUUGGUGAAGGAAACUGUCGAUUAUCAAGGGGAAAUUAUAUGGGAUUCGAGUAAGCCCGAUGGUACACCGAGGAAGCUCAUGGAUAGCUCAAAACUUGCAGGAUUGGGGUGGGAGCCCAAAAUUUCUCUCAAGGAUGGACUAAGAGAUACUUACAAGUGGUAUUUGGAGAAUGUAAUUGCCAAGCAAUAGUGUCCAAGAUGAGGAUUAUCAUUGUGGAUGAAAGAAUGUUUGGAUUGCGGAAAAUCAGGUAAUCGAUCGAGUAAGUUGUUGCCGAACCGAUCUUGAGGAUUUCUAAAUUGCUGAAAUGUAUGAAUGCAUUACAUCUUUGCAGUAAUUGAAAUUAUGGAAACAACAGUUAUGUUUGAUGGUAUUUGAGAUUGUAUUGAUCUUAAUUGGGAAUUGGCAGCCAAUGUCAAUCCAGAGCUUUCUUUUUCGCAUAAUGGCUAGUUGUCAAGUUUGGGAUCAUCGAUCUAAAUUGAUUGCAGUAAAGGGUUUAUGAACUUA